UAAAAAUAACUAACCUAUCCGAUCCGAUUCAUAUUAAAAAAAGCUGGUAAAGCCGAAUCAUAAGAAUUUUGUUUUCUCUCGAUCGAUCGAGUUCGCUGUCGCCGCUGGUUGCAACCGAACCAGAACCAAAGUGUAAUGGCGCUCCUUUGUCGAUCUCCUUCUCUUCUCUUUCCCGAUGGUUGCAAUUGCAAGACAGGCGCGUCGUCCGGUAUAGAGAAAUCUGCUACUCCGACGACCGGAAAGGUUAGCAAACACAUACCUGUUGAUAUUGCAUUCUCCAUUCUAUCUAAACUCCCUCCAAAAUCUUUGAGGCGUUUUGAAUGCGUAUCUAAAUCAUGGUCAAUGUUAUUUCAAAACCCUUAUUUCACGAGACUCUACCGUAAUCAUAUCAUACACGGAAACCAUCCCGAUUAUGAUGAUGCAUCUAUCAUCUUUCGGCGUACUAUAAUGGUUGAUCAUCCCGAACAUGUAGCCAGAUUUGAACCCUUGGGCAGGGCCACUUUGUAUUUCAUUUCUGGGGAGAGAUUCGAGAACAGGGUAGAAUUAAAUUGGUCACUUCCCUUGGAAGUCCUUGGCUCAGAUAUGAAACUAAUUGGGUCUACUAGUAUCAAUGACAUUCUUUGUCUCACCAAUAUAUGGGAUGCUGAGAGUAAACUUGUAUUGUGGAAUCCAAUCACCGACGAAUUAAAUGUCAUUCCUCCUAGCCCUGUUGAGUCCGUACCUUGUACGAAGGUUAUACCUUUUAUUCAUGGAAUUGGUUAUGAUCGUCUUAGGGAUGACUAUAAGGUGAUUCGCCAUGUAGAAUUUGAUGGCCGAUCUUUUGAUUUCUUGUUCGAUCGUGUAUUGUCUAUGGAAGAGGAUUUGGCAAUAUCCAAGGAACCCUUAUGGGAGAUAUAUAGUCUAAGAAGUAAUUCUUGGAAGAAAUUUGAUGUUGACAUGUCUAUGGUGAUGUCCCAAAAUGAGGCAGAGCACAUUGCCCGAUUCUACAUGGAUGGAAUGUGUCAUUGGUGGGAUAAUGUUGAAAAAGAUAGUAGUGAUGAAACAUAUUUUGUUUCAUUUGACAUGAGCAAUGAGGUGUUUUUUACAACACCCAUGCCCUCACAUGUUGAUGAUACUUUUGAUCUUAGAUUGGUGAAGAGGCAGUUGGUGAUGUUAAAUGGAUCCAUUGCUUUGAUCUCAUAUAGUGGGGAGACCACUAUUCUUCACAUAUCAAUUUUAGGUGAAAUCGGUGUCAAAGAAUCCUGGACCAAACUCUUCAUUGUUGGACCAUUGCCUCAUGUUCACUUUCCCAUCGGAGCAGGGAAGAAUGGUGACAUAUUCUUCGAAAACAAUGAUGGACAACUAGCCUGUUUUAAUUUGGAUACCCAUAUGAUUAAGGAGUUUGGUGUUGACACAGACGAGUGUCAGAUAGUAAUUUAUAAGAAAAGCCUUCUUUCUAUUAGAGGAAUAAAUAAUUAAUUUUGUUUGGUUUGUUUUAACCCAAGAGGUCUAUUACUGAGAUUCUUAGGAUUUUGCCUUGUAUACGAAGUGGCUUGUCAGUUGCGCAUAUCCUAUUUGUCAUCUAGUACAUGACAAAUUAAGAAACCAUUUGAUAAUCUGAAGUUUGCUUCAUUAAUUUUAUCUUGAAGAUUUACUCUCUUUCUAUUUGCAUAAUUAUGUGGUUUGCAUUUACAUUGUAACUUGUAAGAAUGAUCUUUUGCCUUUAUUAAAUUACCUUCAAUUGUAACUUGGGAAUUUUGACACUCCGAUGAUGAGAAUAUAUCUCUGUUUGAACUUCUUCUUUAGUCACCCUGAGUUUGUUGGGGAAUGAUAGGGUAUAGCAGACAUUAAUGCUUGUGCUUGUAAUGCUUGUAAUGAUAGGGUAUAGCAUACAUUGAUACUCAAAUGAGAAUCAUAUUUUUGCUUAUGCCACUAUGUUUAAUUUUGUGCUUGUAAACUGGUCUUAGGUGUUAGUGCCUUAGUGGACAUAUACAAAACAUUCCUUAGCA